GAAAUUUAUUAAAAAUCUAUUAAUAAUUAUAUUUUCAAUUUCUUAGAAUCUGGGAUUUUUUAGUAGAAUCAACCAGAAAUAGUAAAAUGGCUGUGAUUAUAACGACACAUUAUAUAGAAGAAGCUAAACAAGCCAAUUGUAUUGGUUUAAUGCGUAAAGGUGUUUUGCUGGCUGAAGAUACACCAGAAAAUAUUAUGAUUAGAUUUGAAGUAAAUUCCAUAGAAGAUGCUUUUCUUAUAUUGAGUCAAAAACAAGGUGAUAAUGAUGUUAUUGAGGCCUCAUUGGCACAACUACCCUCGAAUCAACAACAUGCCUCGAAUGCUAUAUGCAAUGGUGUGGAAGUUAUAGAUGCUUCGACUAUAACACAAUCAACUGAAAAGGCAAAUUUAGAAACGAAUAUCGAGAAACCACCGAUAGAGAACGUAGUACAGUCCGAGGAGAAUGAUAAUCUAAAGAAAUGUUUCUUUACUACAAAAGGCAGAAUAAAAGCGUUAAUGACCAAAAAUUUUGUGCAAUUAUUUAGACAACCGAGUGGCAUUAUUUUCAUGUUAAUGUUUCCUUUAAUACAAUUAUCCUGUUUUUAUAUGGCCAUUGGUAAAACUCCAAAUAAUAUGAGAAUAGGUAUUGUUAGUAAUGAAAUAACUAAAUGGGACACUUGCUAUGAUCCAGAUUUGAUAACCGUAUCGAUACAUAAUGAAACAUGUAAUUUUAGUUCGAUAUCAUGUCGUUUUGUAACGAGUCUAGAAGAUACUGAUCAUAUAAAAAAGGUUUUCUAUGAUAAUGUAGAAGAUGCUCAUCGUGAUUCUAAAGCCACCGAUAUUUUGGGUUAUAUAUUCUUUCCAAGAAAUUUCUCUACCUCUAUGCAAUCAUUGAUGGAAGAUGGUCGUUAUGCUGAUGAUGCUGCUGUUAAUAGUGCAGAGCUGGCUGUACAUAUUGAUAUGACGGACCGUCAAAUUGCAUACUUCGUGGAAAGGAAGUUGCGUGAACACUAUCACAGUUUUAUUAAGGAAAUUCUAACAGAUUGUAAUUUACCCCAAUCAUUGGCCACCAUACCGGUAAAUAUGCAAGAACCAAUUUAUGGUUCUGAAGAAAUGGAAUUUCAACAAUAUGUAGCACCGGGAGUAGUAAUGACAAUGGUGUUCUUUUUGGCCACCUUAAUGACGGCUGCCGUUUUCAUUGAAGAACGUAUGGAUGGUGUAUGGGAUCGUACUUUAGUAGCCGGUGUUUCGGCCAUGCAAAUGUUAUGGGCUCAUCUUUUGACACAAUUUAUUAUCAUGGUUAUACAAAGUUUCGAAGUGAUUAUGUAUAUUGGCAUAGUAUUUAACACUUAUAAUAAGGGCGAUACAGCUACAUUAAUAUUUCUACUGACAUUGACCUCAUUUUGUGGCAUGUUAUUUGGUUUACUCAUCUCGGUGUAUUGUAAAUCUCAUACGGAAGCAAAUUUUGUAGCCACAGGUGCCUUUUAUCCCAUGAUUAUUUUAUGCGGUCUUUUGUGGCCUUUGGAGGGUAUGCCGAAAUUUUUACAAGAUAUUGUGGUAUAUUUUCCCUUUACCUUGCCUUCAAUAUCGGCUCGUAAUAUUUUAGAAAAGGGCUGGAGCAUUACCAAUGUUCAUGUGUAUAAUGGUUUCCUAGUUAUGUCCGCCUGGAUUGUUAUAUUCUUUACAUUAUGUAUGAUCGGUCUCAAAAGAAAAUCAUAGUUUUAGUAAAUCUUUCAUAUUAAGCAUUGCUAUACCAUUUUUUUUAGAAAAUUAUUAAGUAGAGUCUUUUUUUAUUAUUUUAUUAAUUUUUUUAUAAUUUUAUUAAAUUAAUUUAAAGUAUUUUUUUUACACAAUUCUCGCAUAGUUAUUCAUAUCAUACAUUUACACAUCUAACCAUUAAAAUUUGCAUUUGAAAAAAAAAAGAAAAAAAUCCCUCAAAAAAAUUCCCAUAAUUAUUUAUGUUCAAAAAAAACAAAUUUUCCACAAAUUAUCAUAAAUAAACUUUUAAAAUUAUGUACAAUUUAAAUUCAUUUAUAACAAUUUGUCUUUAAUAUCAUUUGACGCAUUUUUUUAUACGUAUGAAAAAAAAAAAAUUCAUUUUUUAUCAAAUCCAAAUUUA